AUGCUCAACGAGUUCGCCUCCCCCUACGGCGACUGCGAGCAGCACCUCCCCUAUGCCUUCCUGCAGGCCCUCUUCUGCCGAGCCACAGCCUCCGAUGACCACUACUACAGCACCUCCCUCGCCGUCGCCGAACGCACCGUCUCCUUCGCCUCCACCCGCCGCCUCGCCCUCAAGUUCCAGGAGGCUGCCCCGUGGUCCACUUUCGGCCACGUCGCCGCCAACGGCGCCCUCCUCCAGGCCCUCGACGGCGAUGGCCCACGCUCCCUCGAGGCCCUCGCCUCACGCGCCGGCGCAGACGCCCCGCGCGUCCGGCUCACCGUCGUCUCCUCCACUGCCGCUGGCGUCGUGGCCGAGAUUGGAGCGCGCAUCGAGAAGUUCGCGCGGCUAAUGGGCGUGCCGCUUGAGUUCCGGGCUAUCGCUGCCCCCACGCUGCCACGCCUCAUCGACGCGCUGCGCCCCAAGAAGCUCGAGCUCCGCGAAGGGGAGGUCGUCGCGGUGAACUGCGUCGGCGCUCUUCAGAGAGCCGGGUGCGAGGAUUCGCGGGACUCGUUCCUACGGGCUGCGGCGGUGCUGCGGCCGAGGGUAUUGACCGUAGUGGAGGACGAGGCGGACUUCGGCGCCGCAAGCGAGUUCAUGGAGUCCUUCGAGGAGUGCCUGUGGUUCUACGGCUCCUAUUUCGAGAUGCUGGAGAAAGCUUCCCGGCGAUGUGCAACGAGCGGCUUGCUCUGGAGAGGGAGUGCUUCCGGAGCCUCGUCGGACUGCUGGCGUGGUCGCUGCUGCCGACGGAGGGGGAGACGUCGGACAUGUACCUAA